AUGUUUUUAUUUUAUAUAUUAACAGUAUUUUUAAUUCCAGUUUUUGCAUUUGAUCCAAAUAGUAAAUCAAAUGUUGCUGUUUAUUGGGGACAAAAUUCUGGAGGAAAUCAACAAAGAUUAUCAUAUUAUUGUGAUUCUGAUGCUGCUGAUAUUUAUAUUUUAUCAUUUAUGCAUAUGUUUCCAAAUCCUAUACAAUUAAAUUUUGCAAAUGCUUGUGAAGGUACUUUUACUCCAAAUGGAAUUUUAAAAUGUAAUGAUAUUGCAUCAGAUAUUCAAUAUUGUCAAAGUAAAGGUAAAAUUGUUUUAUUAUCAUUAGGUGGAGCUGCUGGUUCAUAUGGUUUUACUUCUGAAAAUCAAGGUAAAGAAUUUGCUCAUACAAUUUGGGAUUUAUUUGGUAAUUCAAAUUCACUUUCAGCUGAAGAAAGACCAUUUGGUAAUGCUAUACUUGAUGGUUUUGAUUUUGAUAUUGAAAAUAAUGUAAAUACUGGUUAUAAUGCAAUGGCUGAUGAAUUAAAUAAAAUUUUUGAAACUGAUAAUACUAAAAAUUAUUAUCUUGGUGCUGCACCUCAAUGUCCUUAUCCAGAUGCUUCAGUUGGACCAUUAUUAGAACAUAGUCAUAUUGAUUUUGUUUUUAUUCAAUUUUAUAAUAAUUAUUGUAAUUUAGGUUCUUCAUGGUUUAAUUGGGAUACUUGGGUAGAUUAUGCUGCAAAUGUUAGUCCAAAUAAAGAUAUUAAAUUAUAUGUUGGUGUUCCAGGUGCUAUAAGAGCUGCUGGAUCUGGUUAUAAUGCUCCAGAAUUAAUAUCAGAUUAUUUAACUUCUGAUAUAACUAAUUCUCCUUAUUUUGGAGGUAUUUCAAUGUGGGAUGUUUCAGCUGCUUGGGAUAAUGUUGAUUCUCAAGGUAAUUUUGUACAAAAUAUGAAAUUAUUGGUUAAUAAUGAUAUUUUUAGCGCUGCUUCAGUUUCAUCAAGUUCAAUUGAUAGUACAAGUACUACUACAACUACCACAGUAACUGUUACCUCAACAACUUAUACAGGAGAAACCACUAGUUCCACAACAUCAACAUCUUCAACAUCGUCGACUUCUUCAACUUCAUCAACUGCUCCGUCAACAUUAAGAACAGUAACAUCUUCAUCUAGCACUUCCAGUACUUCGUCUAGUACAUCCACUACCAGUCAAACAACUUCAAGCACUUCAAGUACAUCUACCACACCAACAACCACUUCUUCAAGUGCUACCUCAUCAAGUACUAUCUCAACAAGUACUAUCUCAACAAGUUCCACCCCAACAACAUCCACUACCUCAACCUCAACAACUUCAACCUCAACAUCUUCCACUUCUUCAACAAUCCCAACUUCAUCUAGCAUUUCCUCCUCCAUCAUUGAACCAGCUUCAUCAGCAAUUCCAUCAACAACCAGUGAACAAUUACAAUCAUCUUCAUUUUCCGCAGUCGAAUCACAUCAAACUUCAUCUGAUACCCUGGAAACUGUUUAUAGAUCAUCAUUAACUUCAACUUCAUCCCCAAUUACAACUCAAAAUCCAUCAACUACUACAACGAAUCAAAAUAUUUUCACUUCUUAUGUAUUUGCACCAACUACUUUAACUACCAUUGCAACAUUUUAUGAUAUAAUUACAACAAGAACUAACCUUCAUACAAUUUAUGGUAGACCCCCAACAAAUACAAUUUAA